ACUAUAAAAGGUCUGUUUCUCUGAAGUGUUCUUUACAAACCAUCAGCCAUGAGAGCUGUUGUGCUUGCCCUGACUGUGGCCCUUGUGGCAAGUCAACAGAUCAACCUUGUCCCUGAGUUUGCCCCUGAUAAGACCUAUGUGUACAACUAUGAGGCUCUUCUCUUGGGCGGUCUUCCACAAGAAGGUUUGGCCAGAGCAGGUAUAAAAGUCAACAGCAAGGUUCACCUCAGUGCCGUCAACGAGAAUACCUUCCUGAUGAAGGUAAUGAUCGUUAAAAACCGCAGAUUUCAGAUAACACAAAGAAAACAACAACAAAAUGCCAUCACUGGAUGGAAUUUUUUUAAUGAUGUAUAUAUUUUAAACAAUGACUCUGGUAGGCGCUGGCUCCUGGAUGCUCUUCCUUCUGUUGGCACACCAGUCAUUGUAAAAUUCAUCAAGGAGAAGUUCCUGGCUGAUGAACUUACCCUUCCAGAGUUCAUUCAGGCUCUUGUGGUUGCUCUGCAAAUGGUCACUGCUGAUUUGGACACCAUCCAAUUGACAGCUAGUUUGGCUAUGCAUGAGAAAAUCGCCAAAAUCCCAGCUCUCCGUGAAGUUGUAAUGCUUGGAUAUGGUUCCAUGAUUGCCAAGCACUGUGUUGAAGUUCCCACUUGCUCUGCUGAGCUCCUCAGGCCCAUUCAUGAGAUUGCUGCAGAGGCAACUUCUAAGAAUGACAUUCCUGAAAUCACUUUGGCUCUUAAAGUUCUGGGCAAUGCUGGUCACCCUGCUAGUCUUAAACCCAUCAUGAAGCUCCUGCCUGGACUGAGAACUGCAGCUACAUCUCUGCCCCUUAGUGUCCAGGUUGAUGCCAUCUUGGCCCUGAGGAACAUUGCCAAGAAAGAACCCAAACUGGUUCAGCCAGUGGCCCUGCAGCUUGUAUUGGACAGAGCUCUCCACCCAGAAGUUCGCAUGGUUGCUUGUAUUGUGUUGUUUGAGGCCAAGCCAUCAGUGGCUCUCGUCUCCAGUCUUGCUGGUGCUUUAAAAACUGAAACCAACAUGCAUGUUGUGAGCUUUGCUUAUUCCCACAUCAAGUCCUUGACCAAAAUCACUGCUCCUGAUAUGGCAGCUGUUGCUGGUGCAGCUAAUGUUGCCAUCAAGCUCAUGAGCCGCAAGCUGGACAGACUUAGCUUCCGUUUCAGCAGAGCCCUUCAGUGGGACUUCUAUCAUACUCCACUUAUGGUUGGAGCUGCUGGCAGUGCCUACAUGAUCAAUGAUGCUGCCACCAUCCUGCCCAGAGCUGUUGUAGCUAAAGCACGUGCUUAUCUGGCUGGAGCUGCUGCUGAUGUUCUUGAGAUUGGUGUGAGAACUGAAGGAAUCCAGGAGGCUCUUCUGAAAUCUCCUGCUGCAGAUGAAAGUGUUGACCGUAUCACAAAGAUUAAGCGCACACUGAGAGCACUCACAAACUGGAAGGACUUACCAAACAAUCAGCCAUUGGCUUCAGCCUACAUCAAAUUACUUGGACAAGAAGUGGCUUUUGUCAAGAUUGACAAGACUAUCAUUGAAGAAGCUAUACCGCUUGCCACUGGACCCAAACCACGUCAACUGUUGAAGGCGGCUCUUAAAGCUUUGCAGGAAGGAAUUGCCUUGCAGUAUGCCAAACCCCUGCUUGCAGCUGAAGUGCGUCGUAUCUUGCCAACAGCAGUUGGUUUGCCCAUGGAGCUCAGUUUGUACAUUGCUGCUGUUGCUGCUGCACGUGUCAGUGUUCAGGCCACCAUUACACCUCCUCUCCCUGAGGAGAUUGAGACUAUGACUCUUGAGCAGCUGAAGAAGACUGCUAUUCAACUCCAAGCUGAAGCUAGACCAAGUAUUGCUCUCCAGACCUUUGCUGUGAUGGGAGUGAACACUGCCUUGAUCCAAGCUGCUGUUAUGGCUAGAGGAAAGAUCCGUACAAUUACUCCUGGAAAAGUGACUGCAAGAGCAGACAUUCUCAAGGGCAACUACAAGGUGGAGGCUCUGCCUGUUGAGGUCCCUGAACAUAUCGCUGCUGUGAGCUUUGAGACUCUUGCUGUGGUCAGAAACAUUGAAGAGCCCACUGCUGAGAGGACUGUUCCUUUAGUACCCGAGUUGGCUGUGCAGAAUUCCCAGACACCUGCUGAUUAUUUGUCCUCUGAGAAUCCAGAUGAGGUUCCUGUGAGAGCUCCUGCUCCAUUUGACAAGACUCUCUGUCUUGCUGUCCCAUACAUUGAAAUCAAGGGAUGCGUUGAGGUGCACUCUCACAAUGCUGCUUUUAUCAGAAAUGCUCCUCUGUUCUACAUAAUUGGACAACACUCAGCCCGUGCUACAGUGGCAAGAGCGGAAGGUCCUGCUGUUGAAAGACUGGAGCUUGAAGUCCAAGUUGGUCCUAGAGCUGCCGAGAGGCUCCUUAAGCAAAUCAGUCUCAUUGAUGAGGAGACUCCAGAAGGAAAGGUUUUCCUGUUGAAACUGAGGGAAAUCCUGGAGACUGAAGAUAAAAACAGGCCCGUCUCUUCUGAAAGCAGAAGCAGCAGCAGCCGCAUCAUCAGCAGCAGCAGCAGUUCAAGCUCCUCCAUGUCCAGCUAUCGUGUGACCGAGACUGCCACCAUCAUGGAGCCUUUCAGGAAAUUCCACAAGGAUAGGUAUUUGGCACCCCAUGGUGCCUCAAAGAAAGUUAGCAGUGGAAGUGACGCAUCUAGCUUUCAGCGUAUCCAGAAACAGGCUAAGUUCCUUGGAAAUGCAGUUCCACCUGUUUUUGCUGUCAUUGCCCGUGCUGUGAGAGUUGACCACAAGCUGCUGGGCUAUCAACUUGCUGCUUACUUUGACAAACCAACUGCAAGAGUGCAACUUGUUGUUACUUCCAUCGCUGAAAAUGACAACCAGAAGAUCUGUAUUGAUGGUGCUCUGCUGAGCAAGCACAAAGUGACUGCCAAGCUUGCUUGGGGUCCAGAGUGCCAGCAGUAUGCAGUUACUGCUAAAGCUGAGGCUGGUGUACUGGGUGAAUUCCCUGCUGCGCGUUUAGAGCUGGAAUGGGAGAGGCUGCCGAUUAUGGUCACCACCUAUGCUAAAAAGCUGUCCAAACACAUCCCUAUGGCGGCUUUCCAGGCGGGAUUCAGACUUGAAAGAGUAGCGAACAGUGAGAAAGAGAUUGAACUUACUGCAGCCUUGCCAAAUCAGAGAUCCUUGAAUGUCAUUGCCAGGAUUCCAGAGAUGACACUGUCAAGAAUGGGUAUUUCUCUCCCCUUCGCCAUUCCCAUCAAUCCAGAUGGAUCUCUUUCCAUUCAAAUCGAUGAGGACAUUCUCUCCUGGAUCCAGAAACAUAUCAAGGAAGAAUAAUAUGUGAAGAAUUACAUUUUACAUUUAAGAAAAUGUGAGCUGAAUUUACAUGUAAUUGAUUGGUUUUUGACAGUUUAAUUGAAUUUUACCACUGCUGUGAUGCAAGAGACACUAAUAAACACCCUGCAAGUUAA